CAUCUGUUGCACAUCGUACAAGAUAACAGCCCUGAUAAUCCACGAUUUCCGAAUUCUGACGGGCACGCAGGACGUCGAGGCACGUGCCAAUUGCAUCGUGCACGAUUAUUAGUUUACACUAGCUAAAAGUACGUAUUUUUAGGACAAAUGGGCAAAGGGCGGAAGAAUAAACCAAAAAAGAACUUCGCCGAGAAGCGUCGCGAGAAGCAGAAGAAAAAAGAUGAAUGGAAUAAUCCAUCUCAAAGAAGCUAUGCGGAUAUUGUCAGGGAGAACAAGGACUUUGAGCAUUAUUACAAAACGCAAGGGAUAGUGCCGGAGGAUCGUUGGGACGCGUUUCUCAGCACUAUGAGGACUAACUUGCCGGUUGCUUUCCGUAUUACCGGUUCGAAGGCUGAAGCUAAGGCUCUGCUGGAGAUAAUCAAGAGCGACUUCUUUAAAGAGAUCUUGAAUGCGAAUCUAGAUAGCGAUAAGGAAGAUUCCAGCGAAUCCAAGCAGAUAUUACACAGCUUGCCCUUUUAUCCGGAGGAGCUGGCUUGGCAGCUGCAGUUAACUAGAAAGGACAUCAGGCGUUCGGAAGCUUAUUUCAGGCUGCACAAUUUCCUCAUCGCCGAAACGAAUAACGGCAGCAUCAGCAGGCAGGAGGUAGUCAGUAUGGUUCCUCCUUUAGUCCUGGAUGUGAAACCUUCGCACAAGGUUCUCGAUAUGUGUGCGGCACCGGGCUCGAAGACGGCGCAACUCAUAGAAAUGAUACACGCGGACGAGGGAAACAUUCCACCAGAGGGUUUCGUGAUAGCCAACGAUCUCGACAACAAUCGCUGCUACAUGUUGGUGCACCAAGCGAAGAGGCUCAACAGCCCGAACAUUCUUAUCACGAACCACGACUCGUCGAUUAUGCCGAACUUCACGAUCACGAAACCGGAUGGUACAAAAGGCAUAUUAAAAUUCGACAGGAUCCUCGCGGACGUUCCAUGCAGUGGCGACGGUACUAUGCGAAAGAAUCCAGACAUAUGGUGCAAAUGGAGCCCUGCUAAUGGCAGUAAUCUGCAUGGAAUCCAGUACAGAAUAGCGAAGCGUGGCUUGGAAAUGCUGGCGGUUGGCGGGAGGAUGGUAUACUCCACGUGUUCGUUAAAUCCCAUCGAGAAUGAAGCAGUGCUUCACAGGCUUCUCUGCGAGACCGGGGACUCCGUACAGCUGAUUGACUGCAGGGAUUUGGUACCGGGAUUGAUAUGCGAUCCUGGUGUCGCGCACUGGAAACCGGCGUCGAAAAAUUUGCAACACUACGACACGUGGGACGACGUUCCGGAGCAGUGGCAGACGCAAGUAAGGCCGAAGAUGUUCCCUCCGAACGCACAGGAAGCUUCCAAGUUUCAUCUCGAGCGCUGCAUGAGGAUAUUGCCGCAUCAUCAAGAUACCGGCGGCUUCUUCGUCGCUGUGCUGGAAAAGGUCAAGUCGCUGCCGUGGGAAAGCGAAGCUUCUGCGUUAAGUCAGAGUGUCCAGAGUUCAGGUGACAACGAGAAGGAAGACGAAGCAAAACUUGAAGACGGACCGAGGCUUGAGGACGAAACUGCACGAGACGCGAGGCUUUCGGAGAGCAAGAAAAGAACGUUAGAAGAGGAGAAUAAAUUGCGCGAGUCACAAAGGAAGCGGAGAAGGAUCGCCGGUUACAGGGAGGACCCGUUCGUCUUCUUCAAGGAUGAAACGGAAGAUGUAUGGCAGUCUAUCAAAGACUUCUACGGCAUAAGCAACGACUUGAACCCGCGAUGUCUGCUGGUAAGAUGUCACGAGGGAAAGAAGAAGAAUAUCUACUUCACGUCACCGGCGAUUCGUGAUUUAGUAACGUCUAACGUGGACAAAGUCAAAAUGAUCAACACCGGCGUCAAGACUUUCGUGCGGUGCGACAAUAGGAACAUGAAGUGCGCCUUUAGGCUCGCUCAGGAGGGAAUGCAGAGUAUCUUGCACUACGUGAGCGACAGUAGGAAGGUCCUGGUGUCGAAGGAGGACUUGAUAAUGCUCCUGCAGAACGACGAUCCGCACACGCCACCUGAAAUCGUGAAACUCAGUCCAGAUACCCAGGAACGCCUGAAGGAUUUCGCGAUCGGAAGUUGUAUACUGUUAUACAAAGAAGAGAAGACUGACAAUCUAAACCCGCUGGAUCUCCAGCUGGUGGGGUGGAGAGGUAUAAUGUCUCUCAGGGCGUACGUGCCUACUUGCGACGCGAUUCACUAUCUGCGACUUCUGGGCGCGGAUUGCUCUAAAUUUGAGAAAAACAAGUUCGAGGAAAAUCGCGCGGCCGCAUUAGCCGAGGACGCGAACAACGACGACAACGAAAUUCAGGACCCGGAGAAAGCCGCGGUGGAGAACGGCGACGGCGUAGAAAAGUUUGACGACGCGGAAGCAACGGUCGAAACAACGAACUCGGACAUCACGACGUAAUCAUACAAAAUCCUGAGAUUUUGUAACUUUUUUUAAACUCUGAUCCACGUUAUGCUUACUGUGCGCUACGAGUGUAAUACUUAAAUUAUAUUUUUUAUUUAUCGGGAUUUAGAUCUUAUCCGAUCUAGAAGAUUAAGCAUUGAUAUUGGUAAUAUCAUUGUGUUGAUAAAUUGUACUACCAUCAACUUGAAUAAAGAACACGAUCGUUUUUUUUAGGAU